AUUGGCCAUCCGGCCUCCGUUCUGCGCGGCGCGGGCUCCGCCCCCGGUGGGUGUUUGUGGUGGGGCUGCGGAGUCGCCGAUCCCGCCGGAAGCGCCAGGACAAUGGGGACCCGGGACGAUGAGUACGACUACCUAUUCAAAGUGGUGCUCAUCGGGGACUCAGGUGUGGGGAAGAGCAACCUGCUCUCACGCUUCACCCGCAACGAGUUCAACCUGGAGAGCAAGAGCACCAUCGGCGUGGAGUUCGCCACCCGCAGCAUCCAGGUGGACGGCAAGACCAUCAAGGCGCAGAUCUGGGACACAGCUGGCCAGGAGCGCUAUCGUGCCAUCACCUCUGCGUACUACCGUGGUGCAGUGGGCGCGCUGCUGGUGUAUGACAUUGCCAAGCACCUGACAUAUGAGAACGUGGAGCGCUGGCUGAAGGAGCUGCGGGACCAUGCAGACAGCAACAUCGUCAUCAUGCUGGUGGGCAACAAGAGCGACCUGCGCCACCUGCGGGCUGUGCCCACUGACGAGGCCCGCGCCUUCGCUGAAAAAAACAACUUGUCCUUCAUUGAGACCUCAGCCUUGGAUUCCACCAAUGUAGAGGAAGCUUUCAAGAACAUCCUCACAGAGAUCUACCGCAUUGUGUCACAGAAGCAGAUCGCCGACCGUGCGGCCCAUGACGAGUCCCCUGGCAACAACGUGGUGGACAUUAGUGUGCCACCCACCACUGACGGACAGAAACCCAACAAGCUGCAGUGCUGCCAGAACCUGUGACCGCCCUGCGCCCCCAUCCGGAGCGUGUGUGCCCGGCCUCGUCCUCACAGCCCACCCCUCUCUGCAGUGUCCUCCUGCCCUGCCCCCAACCCCUUCCGCCCCUUGGUGACUGCCUUGCUCCUGCCCUCUCGUCAAGCUCCGCACAGCUCCAGCAGCCAGGCGGGGGCAAGGAAGAGUGGGAGUCGAGUGGCACCUUCUGUCCUGGCCUGAGGAAAGCUAGAAGCCCUGGCUUCCUGCACCUACUCUUUUUGGUCCUGGUGGCACCUGGUGGGGUGGGGAGGGUAGCAGGAGACAUAGGGUGGGCCAGAGACAAGGAGAUGGGCAGACCGAACAGGCUGCUUCUGUUUUCCACAGCAGACUCCAGGGAGCAAUGGCCUCCCUCUCCCUCUGGUCAAUUGGCCCAGCUGGCCCCUUGUCCCCACCCAGACACCCCUCUGGGGCAGGCGGCCACUCUGGGUCUUGGCAUCCCACCUGCUCCCCAUGUACAGCCAGCACCGGCACGCCUUCGAUUCCUCUCCUGCGCGUGCACAACUCCAGCUCCUGCCUGAAGAUUACACUGGGAGAAGAUGCCUCCCCACCUCGCCUGCCUCGUCCGCACGCAGGGCUCCCUCUGCCCCCUCCCCAGCCCUGUCUCAGUCUAGUUGCCCCACCCAGUCAGGAACCUGUUUGCAAGUGAAGCAAUAUCUCCAUGUUUUGUAUAUACAACCGCUCUUGUAGCCUUUGGUUUUUUGUUAUUGUAGAGAAACACAGAUUCUUUAUACACUUUGUAAGAUUUACGCCAAACCCUAGCUCUCGAUCUCUUUUUCUUCCUGUGGCCCUUGCACUGUUGCCCCUUAUGCCUCAUUUCUCUCGCCCAUUACUAAAAUGUAUAAUCCAACUUCCUGUACAGAAAA